GGAAACGAAUGUAAACAUAACAAUCGAAAGAGAAACGCAAAUGAAUUCGCAUAAUUCUACAAAAGACCUCACGAUGCUGGGUGCUAAAUACGACUUUGCAGCACGGGUUGAAAUUCAUGGUUAGCUGGAAUAUAUGAUUACCAAUUCUGGAAGAGGUUAAACGCAGUAGCUUGGAGGCUGGCUAAUAGCUCGAUAAACCGCACUUCGGGGUGCAGAGAAUUUGCAAGAAGCUGGUGACACGUCGACAGACAGUGUGCCAACCAGGAAGAACCUAAUGGUGUUGUUGGAAACAUAUUGGUCCAAUUCACAUAGGUCCAGACAUGUUUGCCAUAAGGGCACCCGAGGAAGAGUCCUCAGAGAUGGUGGAGGAGAUGGACACGUCAGAGGCUGUCUGGUGCUGGUAUUACCUAGCUGAGUGUGGAGUGUGGCACAUGUUUGAGAUUGAUCCAAGUGCUGCAUGCUCUGUGACCAGUGAGCAGAUAGAACAGAAUUACAUCAGGAAUCAACACGGUGUCAUGGAGUUUUACACCGCCAAGUACACCUACAGACUGGACUUCUCAGUCAUGAAGCAGAUCAAUGUCACGACUGGGAAACAACGGCCAAUCAAACGGGCCUUCCACUCUGCCACUGGCUUUAGGUUUAUUUGUGAUAAUCUGGCCCUGCCGGUGCCCUGCCACUGGGAGAGAAUAAAUACAGACGAGCCUUAUCAGCUCGUUUCAUUGGCCAGAGACACUUAUGAGUUCAAGGAAGUGGUCAGACUCUAUGAAAGGACCAUGUGUCACCCUAUCAAAUCUAUUCAGAGGAUACAGAACCUGGAUCUGUGGGAGUUCUUUUGCAGGAAAAAACAACAAUUACGCAAGAUAAAGCGAGUUGUGGACAUUGAGGAGAAAAUGUUAUUUCAUGGCACAGGCCACAGCAACGUACAGGCUAUAUGCACAUAUAACUUUGACUGGCGGCUAACUGGGAGCCACGGGGACGUCUAUGGCAGAGGGAGUUAUUUCGCCCGAGACGCCAAGUAUUCCAGCAAAUUCUGCCUUACGACGGGGAAACAUAACUUUGCCUUGCAGAAGCACGGACUAGCCCCGCCGAUAUUUUCAAGCGAGCCUCCAUAUAAGACCAUGUUCCUGGCCAGAGUGCUGGUCGGCGAGUCCACGUUAGGCAACCCGCUCUUCUGCCGACCGCCAUCCAAGGACAUGAGCUACAGCAACUUCUUCGACAGCUGUGUGGACGACCUCGCCAACCCAAAGAUCUACGUCAUCUUCGACUGCAACCAGAUUUACCCAGAGUAUCUCAUUGAGUUCUACUGACGCCUAUGGGUUGAUCAGGGACGUUAUUACACAAUGUACAGGGGAUGGACUUUUUUUUACCAGAGCGGGAUUGGGAUUGGGAUUCAGAAACAUUGGGGGAAAGGUCGAGAGAGGAGGGCCUCAAUGGACGGCCAUGAUGACUUCCUGCUGUUUGAUACAAGGCCUGACUGGGACUUGGAUCAUAAGAAGUGCCUUAAUGGAUUACUAUGGCAGAGCAAAGAAGGUCAUAGAAGAGGACUAUGUUUCUAUAAAAGCUGUAAAGUUUGUACAGAGUGGUUUGUCUAUUUACUGUGUUUAGAGACUUGUGGGUCGGUCAGGGCGAGAGGUGGCGUAUUUGAAAAAAAGAAAAGUAACUGCACGCUGUUGGAGUGUUCCUGAAAUGGAUUAGCAAUGUUUCAACCUGCCACAGAGGAUCUUUGGCAGGAUCACCCUGUGAUGUCAAAACGUUGCGAAUACGUUUCGGGAGCGUUCUAACAGUGUGCAGGUAUUCUUUUUUUAUUUUCCUUUGACUGUUUGGGUCCAACAUGACCAUAAUCAAGCAAAGCAAAAAACCUCAACACACUUCUACUGAGUAUGUAGACUGGAUAACUACUUUGGUGACCAGGAUGCAAUAACUCACUAUUACACAGUAACUGCAAACAAGUGAAUAGUCGGCAACAUUAAGUACACAAACAUUUGACUUGCUCUACUUCUGUAUACAAGGACCUGAUUUCAUAGAUAUACAUAUUACAAGAGCAGAUUACUGUACAGUUACAA